UUUUUCUUUCUUUCUUUUAUUUUUCAUCAGGAAUCUUUUUCUUUCAUUACGCGUUUUAUAUAUUGUAUUAUUUACUAGAUUCCUUAUUGAAAACAAACCCAUAUAUUUUUAUACCUGUUUCUUUCUCUCUCUCUCUCCAUUAUUAUUGAUACCCUGUUAUUAUAAUGUUGGAAGAAGAAACAACACUUCCUCCAUCAGCAACUAUUGCCACUGCUGGUCCAACUGCUGAAAAUAUGCUUACUUUUGACCAUGGUUUGUUACAAAAAUACUUUGAAAACCUUUUACCUCUUGUAUUGGAUGCUGAUACCUCUGAUUUGGACACUACUCUCUUUUGUUAUCCUGAUACCGUGGAUAAAUUCAACCGUUUUGCCAAUGACCCUCAAUCUCCUGUAUUGUUUAUUCUCAAGGAAAAAGAAGGUGGAAAGGAAGAUGAUGAUGCUCCCAUUACUUACAGUUAUACUGCCUCUCAUGAAAUUACUUAUCUACCUACUCAUGUUGGCUCUUUGGCAGUUAUCAAACGCGUUCCAACUUUAGACGCUACUCGACCACUUCAAUCUCAACUUCAAUUCAUCAAUCUUCCUGGUGCUGCUUCUGGUGAACCUGGUCAAACAAGUGCAUACGAAUUUUUACACUCCUAUAUUCAUUUGGCAGUCAGUCCUUACUUCAAUGCCUAUGUCAAUGCUCGUCAUGGUUCUACUACUGAUACUUCAAGCAAAAGCAAAAAUGAAGAUAACAAGAUGGGUGUCCCUAUGGCUAAGAAGAAGAUGGCUGAAUUGGAACUUUCCUUGUUACACUUACAACAAAAUGUAGAAAUCCCUGAAAUUUCUUUGAAUAUUCAUCCUGUGGUUCAAAAGGCUGUAGAUAAGUGCCGUGAACAAAAUAAACGUGUUACUGUUGAAGCUGUAGACUCUACAUUGUUUUCCGACUCAACCUUUUUGAACAAAUUACAAGGUGACGUUAAUGGUUGGAUCAAAGAAAUUCAAAAAGUCACUAAAAUGUCAAGAGAUCCUGCUAGUGGAACUGCUAUUCAAGAAAUCAACUUUUGGCUCAGUAUGGAACGUGCUUUGGAGAAGAUUGAUGAACAAUUGAAAAGCGAUCAAAUCACUUUAACUUUGGAUAUCUUGAAACAUGCAAAACGUUUCCAUGCUACUGUUAGUUUUAUCGCUGAUACCGGAUUGAAGGAAGGAAUGGAAUUAGUGCACAAAUACAAUCAACUUAUGAAAGAUUUUCCACUCAAUGAACUUCUAUCGGCUACUGAUGUCGACAAAAUCCGUGAAUCUCUUGUCUUGAUUUUUGGUCAUUUGAACAAGAAGCUCAAACUCUCACCUUAUCCUAUUCGACGUGCAUUGCCAUUGGUGGAAGCCAUCUCCCGUGAUUUGAAUGAUCAACUACUCAAAGUUUUGGGAAGUCGACGAAUGAUGUAUAUGGAAUACGAAGACUUUGAACGUACAACUGCAGGUGCUGAAGCUGUAUUUCAUACUUGGGAUGAUCUUAUCAAGGAAUUCACUAAUGUUGCUCGUGAUGUUACUCGCAAAAGGUCAGAAAAGUUUUUACCCAUCAAAAUCAACCCUGCUCAUGCCAAGUUACAAGAACGUGUUAUCUUUGUCCGUGAAUUUCGAAAGCAACAUGAACAACUCCAUCAAACAAUUGUGCGUGUUAUGACCAGUCCUCGUGCAAAAACUUCUACAGUGGUGGUUGAUGGCCAAGUCAAAAGCGUCUUAGAAGAAGAAGAAAGUGUUAGCGUUAGUGACAUAAAUGCCGUGGAAGAGGUCAAAUUAGCCUAUGAAAGUGUCAAGAACAUUGAUAUAUUGGAUGUAUCUCCAGAGGGAACUGAAAUCUGGGUGCAAGCUGAAAAUGUUUACAAUGAACGCGUCUCUCGGGUAGAAAAUCAAAUCAUCGCUCGUCUUCGUGAUCGCUUGGGUACUGCCAAAAAUGCUAAUGAAAUGUUCCGUGUAUUCUCCAAAUUCAAUGCUCUCUUUGUUAGACCCAAGAUUCGUGGCGCUAUUCAAGAAUAUCAAACUCAAUUGAUUGAUAGUGUCAAGGAAGAUAUCAACAAGUUACAUGACAAAUUCAAAAUGCAAUAUCGUUAUUCUGAAGCAUACCAUAUGGCUCAAUUACGUGAUCUUCCUCCUAUUUCUGGUGCUAUUAUUUGGGCUCGUCAAAUUGAUCGUCAACUCUCCUUGUAUAUGAAACGGGUAGAAGAUGUACUUGGAAAAGGAUGGGAACUUUAUGCUGAAGGUCAAAAAUUACAAAUUGAAAGUAGCAGUUUCAGAAAAAAGUUGGAUACUCGUCUCAUUUAUGAAAACUGGUUACAAGAAAUCACAAAACGAGAUCUCUCUGUGUCUGGACGUAUCUUUGAAAUAUCAAGAAAUCGGGUUCAAAAGAAUACGCUUAUCCUUGGUGUUAACUUUGAUGGUCAAAUUAUUACUCUUUUCAAAGAAGUACGAAAUCUUCUAUGGCUCAACUUCCAAGUCCCUCAUACUAUCUCCAAUGUUGCUAAAGAUGCCAAACGUGUUUAUCCUUUUGCUGUCAGCUUGAUGGAAACUGUCCGUACCUUCUCUCAAACUGUCCACAAAGUCAACAGGAACCCUGAUGUAUCUACUUUAGUAGCUGGUUAUCGAAACGAAGUUCAUGGAAUGAUUACAAAAGGGAUCAAUUUACGUUGGGACUAUUUCGUCAAUACAUAUGAUGCUCAUCAUCGUCCAUUAUCUUAUCUUACUGGUACACCUCUUGAUGCCCGGGAAAAUCGUCAUGUUAUGUUUGUUCGUGAAUUUGCUAAUGUGGUCUCUGUAUUCCAAGAUAAAGUGGACUCUCUAAUUGGUUAUUAUGAAGAUAUCAAUAAGGGAAUCGAUGAAAUGAAAUCUUGUCCUUACCAAGUGGAUCGAUUUGAAGAUAUCUUGGGAAGAAUCCAAAAAGUGAUCGACCGUCUGAAUUUGGAAAACUACUCUAACCUUGAUCAAUGGGUUGCUGGAUUGGACAAACGAAUUGAAGCCGAAUUAGUUAAUCGGUUACAACAAGCUAUCAAAUCAUGGAUCAAUGCAUUCCAAGGUGUUACUGAAGAAAUGGUUGUACCCGAAGUCAGUGCCUCCAAGAGCCGCCGCAAACGCAAAGCUGGAACUACUGGAAUCGCAUCAUCCCGUGAAGGCUCAAUUAUGGUGGAUGAAAAAGUGGUUGUGGAACCCAAAACGCCUGAUGUCAAACCUGCUUUACAAACGCUGAUUCAUGAAAUACGUAUUCGCAAUCAAGUCAUGUAUUUAGAUCCUCCUAUUGAACAAGCACGAACUAGCUGGUGGUCUCAACUUCAUGACUGGCUCGCCAUUAUUUGCCAUCUGCCUCGUAUUCAAAGCUCUCGUUAUGAAGGUGGUCUAAGCGUCAAGGACGAUCCAUCCGUCGAAAAAGAUUAUGCAAGUUUAUUGACAUGUAUGGGUGAUGGAUCAUUGGAACAAGCUUAUCAAAUCAUUGAAAAUAAGGUGCGUCAAGUGUCCGAAUAUGUCAAUAUCUGGCUUCAAUAUCAGUCAUUAUGGGAUCUGGAAUCAAGUCAUGUGUUUUCUAUUCUCGAAGAUGAUUUGAUCAAAUGGCAACAAAUACUAUUAGAAAUCAAGAAAGCUCGUAGUACAUUUGACAAUUCGGAAACAGAACAAUCUUUUGGUCCCUUGGUUGUGGAUUAUGAGCAAGUACAAAGUAAAGUGAACCAAAAGUAUGAUCAAUGGCAGAAGGAUAUUCUCAACAAGUUUGGUAGCAUGCUCGGCACAUCUAUGCGUGAUUUCCAUGCCUCAGUUUCAAAGGGUCGUUAUGAAUUGGAACAACAAUCUAUUGAAAGCAAUUCCACUGGGGAAGCUGUUACAUUUAUUACCUUUGUACAAGAUCUCAAACGUAAAGUAGCAAAAUGGUCUCAAGAUGUGGAACUCUUUCGUCAAGGUCAAAAGACAUUGGAACGUCAACGUUUCCAAUUUCCAAAUGAUUGGGUAUACGUAGAUCAAGUUGAUGGGGAAUGGAGUGCUUUCAAUGAAAUAUUGGGACGAAAGAAUAAUGCUAUCCAAGAACAAAUCGCUGGUUUACAAAUGAAGAUCGUGGCCGAAGAUAAGGUGGUGGAGCAAAAGAUCCGUGAUAUUUGCACCGAAUGGGAAAAGAGCAAGCCAGUACAAGGGGAUAUCAAACCAGAUAUCGCUACCAAUACUCUCAGCAUUUUUGAAGGUCGGGUUACUCGCUUGAAGGAAGAAUAUGACAUGGUGUGUCGUGCAAAGGAAGCUCUUGAUUUGGAACAGACAUCUGAAGAUCGACUUGAUCCUGUCUUGGAAGAACUUCGUGAUCUUAAAUCUGUAUGGACUGCUCUCGCCAAGGUAUGGCAAUCUGUUUAUGAAAUUCGUGAUACUCCUUGGUCAUCUGUGGUACCUCGCAAGGUUCGACAAAGCAUUGAUGAACUUGUCAACUCUACCAAGGAAAUGCCCAACAGAAUGCGUCAAUAUGCUGCAUAUGAAUAUGUUCAAGAUACGUUACGUCAACUACUUCGUGUCAAUCCAUUGGUAUCUGAUCUAAAAUCUGAAGCACUCCGGGAUCGUCAUUGGCGCCAAAUCUUCAAAAUGCUUCGUGUAGAAGGUAGAUUUACGUUAUCCGAAAUGACGAUUGGUCAUCUAUGGGAUUUGGAUCUUAAGCGAAAUGAACAAGUCAUCAAAGAUGUUAUUCUACAAGCACAAGGUGAAAUGGCGUUGGAAGAAUUUUUGAAGCAAGUCAAGGAAACUUGGGCCAACUAUGUAUUGGAUCUUGUCAAUUAUCAAAAUAGAUGCCGUUUGAUUCGUGGAUGGGAUGAUCUUUUCAACAAAUCAAGUGAACACAUCAACUCUCUUACUGCUAUGAAGCUCUCUCCUUAUUACAAAGUAUUUGAAGAAGAUGCAUCGGCUUGGGAAGAUAAACUCAACAGAGUCCAUGUUUUAUUUGAUGUAUGGAUUGAUGUACAACGACAAUGGGUAUACUUGGAAGGUAUCUUUAGUGGAAGUGUGGACAUCAAACAUCUUUUACCUGUAGAAACUUCUCGCUUCCAAAGUAUCAAUACUGAAUUCCUGACGGUGAUGAAGAAGGUAUACAAAUCUCCCUUUGUAUUGGAUGUGUUAAAUAUUCCCAAUAUUCAAAAAUCUUUGGAACGUUUGGCGGAUCUACUCAGCAAAAUUCAAAAGGCUCUUGGUGAAUACUUGGAACGUGAAAGAAGCUCUUUCCCUCGGUUCUACUUUGUCGGUGAUGAAGAUCUUUUGGAAAUCAUCGGUAACAGCAAGGAUAUCCUUCGUAUUCAAAAACAUUUCAAGAAAAUGUUUGCUGGUAUUGCUACUAUUAUGUUGGAUGAAGAACAAACUGCUAUCAUAGGCAUGGUCUCUAAGGAAGGUGAACAAGUAGCAUUCAAAAAUGCAGUUUCCAUCAAGGAUAAUCCCAAAAUCAAUGUCUGGCUUACCAUGUUACAAGAGGAAAUGCGUGUAUCCUUGGCUCUUCUUCUUUCUGAUGCAGUAACGGAAUUGGAAACUAUUUAUAAUGCUGCUGAAAUAGACUCUGAUGCAUUCAUGACCUGGGUGGACCAAUAUCCUGCUCAAUUGGUUGUUCUUGCUGCACAAAUCAUCUGGACUCAAUCUGUAGACAAGGCUUUGGUGACAUUAGGUGAUGCUACUGACAAAACUGAUCAAACACCUCUGCGCAACUCCCUUGAUUUGGUAGAACGUAACCUGAAUAUCUUGGCUGAUGCUGUUCUUUUGGAUUUAUCGACCAUCAAACGACGAAAAUGUGAACACUUGGUGACUGAACUUGUUCAUCAAAGGGAUGUGACUCGACAACUUUUGCAUGACAAUGUAUCAUCUUCCAAAGAUUUCAACUGGCUUUAUCAAAUGCGAUUCUACUUCAAUCCUACUAUUGAAAAUCCUAUCCAUCGACUUUCCAUCCAUAUGGCCAACGCCACUUUCCAUUAUGGUUACGAAUAUCUCGGUGUUGCUGAUCGUUUGGUACAAACACCUCUGACUGAUCGUUGUUACUUGACUUUAACACAGGCUCUUGAACAAAAACUUGGUGGUUCUCCAUUUGGUCCUGCCGGUACAGGUAAAACAGAAUCUGUCAAAGCUUUAGGUGUACAACUUGGUCGAUUUGUGCUGGUAUUCUGUUGUGAUGAAACAUUUGAUUUCCAAGCUAUGGGUCGUAUUUUUAUUGGUCUCUGUCAAGUUGGUGCCUGGGGUUGUUUCGAUGAAUUCAAUCGAUUGGAAGAACGUAUCUUAUCCGCUGUGUCUCAACAAGUUCAAACUAUUCAAUUGGGUCUUAAGGAAACUAUGGCAAAUCCAAAUCAUGAAGUAGAGCUUGUCGGUCGAAAUGUCAAAGUUAAUCUCGAUACUGGAAUCUUUAUCACUAUGAAUCCUGGUUAUGCUGGUCGUUCCAACUUGCCUGAUAACUUGAAGAAACUUUUCCGAAGUAUGGCUAUGACUAAACCUGACCGUGAAUUGAUUGCACAAGUUAUGUUGUAUUCUCAAGGUUUCCGAAGUGCUGAAACUCUAGCUUCCAAGGUGGUACCGCUAUUCAAUCUCUGUGCUGAACAAUUGUCUUCUCAAUCUCAUUAUGAUUUUGGUCUUCGUGCCCUCAAGAGUGUCUUGGUCAGUGCUGGUAAUUUGAAACGUGAUCGUUUGAUUGAUUUACGCAAAGAUCUUGAUGAAGGCAAGGUGGAUGCUUCUGAAUUUGCGUCAUUCUCUGAACCUAUACCUGAACAACAAUUACUGAUUUCAAGUAUUCGUGAAACAGUGGUACCCAAAUUGGUUGCUGAUGAUAUCUCUUUACUUACAAGCUUGCUUGCUGAUGUGUUCCCUGGCGUCCAUUAUGCUCCUGUCAAUUUGGAUCGUCUCAAAGAAGAACUUAAAAAGGUAUGCGAAGAGCGUCGCCUGGUUGCUGGUGAUGCCUGGAUGGAAAAGGUGAUUCAAUUAUAUCAAAUUCAGAACAUUCAUCAUGGUUUGAUGAUGGUUGGUCCAUCUGGUUCUGGCAAAUCUAUGGCUUGGAAAACACUUCUCACUGCAUUGGAACGUGUUGAAAACGUUGAAGGUGUGGCAUAUACUAUUGAUCCCAAAGCAAUUCCCAAGGAUGCUCUCUAUGGUACUUUGGAUCCAACAACUCGUGAAUGGACAGAUGGUUUGUUUACUCAUAUUCUUCGCAAGAUUGUGGACAAUGUACGUGGUGAAAGUCAGAAACGACACUGGAUUAUUUUUGAUGGUGAUGUGGAUCCCGAAUGGGUUGAAAAUUUGAACUCUGUAUUGGACGACAAUCGACUUCUCACUCUUCCUAAUGGUGAACGUCUCAACUUGCCAACUAACGUUCGUAUUAUGUUUGAAGUCGAAACUCUCAAGUAUGCAACUCUGGCUACAGUAUCUCGUUGUGGUAUGGUCUGGUUCAGUGAAGAUGUUAUUACUCUACCCAUGAUUUUCUCCAACUAUUUAGAAACACUACGACAAGUACCUAUGGAUGAGAUUGAUGAAGAAGGUGCUAGUGGCAUAGGUUCAGGUGGUGCAUCUUCUCGAAGACAAGGCGAAAAUGAUGAUCCAUCAUCCGUUUCUCCCAAUUUGGCCGCUCAACGUGCUAUUGCUGCUAUCAUGGCUCCUGAUCUCACCGAUGAAUCUGGUUUGGUGGCGAAAUCAUUAUCUUAUGCUGCAACAUUAGAACAUAUUAUGGACUUCACUAGGAUGCGUGUAUUAUCAACCUUCUUCUCUUUACUUAACAAGACAGUACGAAAUGUUUUGGAAUACAAUGCUCAACAUGUGGAUUUCCCUAUGACUGGUGAUCAUUUAGAAGGAUACAUUACAAAGCGGGUGAUCUACUCUAUUAUUUGGAGUUUCUCAGGUGAUGCGAAAUUGGAUCUUCGAACUGUAUUGGGUGAUUACGUGCGUGGUAUUACAACUUAUGAAUUGCCUCCUGCUGCCAACGACCAAAGUAUCAUUGACUUUGAUAUUGCAACUAAUACUGGUCAAUGGGUCCCAUGGGAAUCUAAGGUACCAGUGGUAGAAAUUGAAACACACAAGGUCUCUGAAGCUGAUAUGAUUAUUCCUACCGUGGAUACUAUUCGACAUGAAGAAGUUCUUUACUCUUGGCUCUCCGAACACAAGCCUUUGAUUCUAUGUGGUCCUCCUGGUUCUGGUAAAACAAUGACGUUGUUUAGUGCUCUUCGCAAAUUGCCGGAUAUGGAAGUGGUUGGUCUCAAUUUCUCAAGUGCUUCAACUCCUGAACUAAUCCUCAAGACCUUUGAACAACAUUGUGAAUAUCGAAAGACGACAAAUGGUGUGAUUCUUUCUCCUACCUUGAUUGGACGUUGGCUUGUGGUGUUCUGUGAUGAAAUCAAUUUACCAGCUACUGACAAAUACAAUACUCAACGAGUUAUUUCCUUCCUUCGACAAUUGGUGGAAUACAAUGGUUUCUGGAGAACAAGUGAUAAAGCAUGGGUUACUUUGGAGCGUAUUCAAUUUGUUGGUGCUUGUAAUCCUCCUACUGAUCCUGGUCGUGUACCGCUCUCUCACAGAUUCUUGCGACAUGCUCCUUUGGUGAUGGUGGAUUACGCUGGACAUACAUCUCUUAUGCAGAUCUAUGGUACAUUCUCUCGAGCAAUGCUUAAAGUUGUACCCAAUCUUCGUGGUUAUGCCGAACCUUUGACUGCUGCCAUGGUCGAUCUUUACCUUGCAUCUCAAAAACGGUUUACUCCUGAUAUUCAAGCUCAUUAUAUCUAUUCUCCUCGUGAAUUGACACGUUGGGUACGUGGUAUCUUUGAAGCAAUCAAACCUUUAGAAACUCUGACUGUGGAAGGAUUAGUACGCAUCUGGGCUCAUGAAGCUUUACGUCUUUUCCAAGAUCGUUUGGUGAAUGAAGAAGAACGUGAAUGGACAGAUAAGAUGAUCAACGAUAUUGCCAUGCAACAUUUCCCUGCUUUGAAUCAAGAAGAAGCUUUGGAACGACCUAUUCUCUUUUCCAAUUGGUUAUCCAAGUACUACGUGCCUGUGGAACGUGAACAACUACGUGAUUUUGCAAAAGCUCGUCUCAAGGUAUUUUACGAAGAAGAAUUGGAUGUUCCUUUGGUGCUUUUCAACGAUGUGCUGGAACACGUACUUCGCAUCGACCGUGUAUUCCGUCAACCUCAAGGUCAUUUACUACUAAUUGGUGUUAGUGGCUCUGGGAAAACAACUCUUUCUCGAUUUGUGGCAUGGAUGAAUGGUCUCAGUCUAUUCCAAAUCAAGGCUCAUAACAAGUAUACUGGUGCUGACUUUGAUGAUGACUUGCGUACUGUACUUCGACGUGCUGGUUGUAAAGGUGAAAAAAUUUGUUUUAUUAUGGACGAAAGCAACGUAUUGGACUCUGGAUUUUUGGAACGUAUGAAUACCUUGUUGGCGAACGCAGAAGUACCUGGUCUCUUUGAAGGGGAUGAAUAUGCUGCUUUGAUGACUGCUUGUAAAGAAGGAACGCAACGUGAUGGAUUGAUGCUGGACUCCAAUGAUGAACUAUACAAGUGGUUCACCCAACAAGUGAUGCGCAACCUCCAUGUGGUAUUUACAAUGAAUCCUCCAGAAGGUGGCCUAGCUUCACGUGCUGCAACAUCUCCUGCUUUGUUCAAUCGUUGUGUAUUAGACUGGUUUGGUGACUGGCCUGAUCAAGCCUUUUAUCAAGUGGGUACUGAAUUUACAAAGGGAUUGGAUUUGGAUCUUCAAACUUAUGGUGCGCCUCUCAACUUCCCUAUUGCUUAUCGCAACCUGCCUAUUCCACCCAAUCAUCGUGAAGCUGUGGUUAAUGCUUUAGUCUAUAUUCAUCAAUCAUUAUACGAUAUCAACGCCAAGCUCAGCAAACGUCAAGGUCGUCAUAAUUAUGCUACUCCUCGACACUUUUUGGACUUUAUUUCUCACUAUGUACGUCUAUACAAUGAAAAACGUGAAGAUUUGGAAGAACAACAACGUCAUUUGAAUGUCGGUUUGGAAAAAUUGAAGGAUACUGUUAUCAAGGUGGAAGAACUUCGAAAGAGUUUGGCUAUCAAGAAAAAUCAAUUGGAAUUGAAGAAUGCUCAAGCAAAUGACAAGAUCAAUCAAAUGUUGGCAGAUGAAAAGGAAGCAGAACAAAAGAAGGCAGCCUCCAUUCAAAUUCAAGAAGCUUUGGAAAUUCAAAACAAGGAAAUUCAAGAACGUCGUGCUGUCGUACUAAAUGAUCUUGCCAAUGCAGAACCAGCUGUGGCCGAAGCUAGAAAGAGCGUUAGCAACAUCAAACGUCAACAUCUUACUGAAGUGCGAUCUAUGGGUAAUCCUCCUGAAGCUGUGAAACUUGCGAUGGAAUCUGUUUGUACUAUGCUUGGACACAAGAUUGAAAGUUGGAAAACGGUACAAAGUAUUAUUCGAAAGGAUGAUUUUAUUGCAAGCAUUGUCAACUACAACACUGAAAGUCAAAUGACAAAGCAACUACGUGACUUUAUGCGCCGCAAUUACCUCAGCAAUCCAAGUUUUGAAUAUGAAGCUGUCAAUCGCGCUUCCAGGGCAUGUGGACCUUUGGUGCAAUGGGUAGGUGCACAAGUGACUUAUAGUGAUAUAUUGGACCGUGUUGGACCUCUUCGUGACGAAGUUAAUCAAUUGGAACAAAGUGCUGAAGAUACCAAGAAGAAGGCUGCAGAUAUUGAACAAAUGAUUGUGGAUUUGGAAACAAGUAUUGGACGUUACAAGGAAGAAUAUGCUGCUCUUGUGGGUGAAACACAAUUGAUCAAGUCAGAAAUGGAUCGUGUCAAAUUCAAGGUAGAUCGUAGUUUGACGCUCUUGAGUAGUUUAUCAUCUGAACGUAUACGUUGGGAAGCUGCCAGUCAAGCAUUUGAAAGUCAAAUGGGUACUAUUGUGGGUGAUGUUUUAUUGGCUGCUGCCUUUUUAGCUUAUGGUGGUUACUUUGAUCAACAAUAUCGUGAAAUUUUGAUUCAACAUUGGGCAGAUCAUCUUGUAUCAGCUGGUGUACAAUUCAAGCAAGAAGUCGCAUUGACAGAAUACCUCUCAACAGCAGAUGAUCGUCUAUCUUGGCAAGCUAACUCUCUUCCUACCGACAGUUUAUGUAUUGAAAACGCCAUCAUGCUCAAACGUUUUGAUCGAUACCCCUUGGUGAUUGAUCCUUCUGGACAAGCAACAAACUUUUUAAUCAAUGAAUACAAGGAUCGCAAGAUUACUGUGACAAGCUUUUUGGAUGAUGCAUUUAUUAAGAAUUUGGAAAGUGCACUUCGAUUUGGUAACCCUAUUUUGAUUCAAGAUGUGGAACACCUGGAUCCUAUUCUCAAUCCUGUGCUAAACAAAGAACUCCGUCGUACUGGUGGUCGGGUAUUGAUUCGCCUUGGAAAUCAAGAUAUCGAUUUCUCUCCUUCCUUUACUCUCUUCCUCUCCACACGUGAUCCCUCUGUGAACUUCUCUCCUGAUAUUUGCUCUCGUGUUACAUUUGUCAACUUUACUGUCACUCGUGGUAGUUUACAAAGUCAAUGUUUGAACAAAGUACUCAAAGCUGAACGUCCUGAUGUCGACCAACGUCGUACUGAUUUGAUCAAGUUACAAGGUGAAUUCCAACUGAAGCUCCGUCAUCUUGAAAAAUCAUUAUUACAAGCAUUGAACGAAUCUAAAGGUAAUAUUCUGGAUGAUGACAAGGUGAUUGAAACUUUGGAAACUCUCAAGAAAGAAGCUGCCGAAAUUACUCGCAAGGUGGAUGAAACGAAUACAGUAAUGCAAGAAGUAGAACAAACAACAGGGAUUUAUACACCACUCGCUCAUGCUUGUAGUUCAAUCUUCUUUGUUAUGGAACAACUCAAUCUGGUACAUCACUUUUAUCAAUUCUCUUUGGACUUCUUCUAUGAAAUAUUCCAAUAUGUUCUCCACUCAAAUCCCAAUCUCAAAGGCAUUACUGAUCCAAAUGAACGUCUGGAAGUCCUCUCUCAUGAUUUGUUUUCUGCUACUUAUAAACGUGCCUCUCGUACUUUGUUACACGAAGAUCAUACUAUGUUUGCUGUCUUACUUUGUCAAAUUCGUAUGCGUGGCUCUUCUCAAAAUCAUCAAGAUAUGAAUGAUGAUGCCGAGUUCGACUUUUUACUCAGUGGUGGUGAUACAAUUUCUGAUUCUGGAUCUGCUGCCUCCAAACUUGGUUUACCUAGCUUUAUUACUGAUGAAGUGGCUCAACGUAUUGAUGAAUUCCAAUCUCUUGAAUGCUUCAAACAACUCUCUCAACAUAUCAACCAAAAUCAAGAUCAAUGGCAACAAUUUAUGGAUCACUCUCAACCUGAAACUGUGGUACCUAUCUGUUGGAAUACGACAUCCGAUGUUCGCCCCGCCAUGUCCUCUUUGCGAAAGAUGUUGGUUAUCAAGUGUCUACGUCCUGAUCGAUUAUUACCUGCUACUACUAUUUUUGCCUCUGAAAUAUUUGAUUCUGGAUUUAUCAACAAUGGAGAACUCAACUUGCAACAAGUCGUCAAUGAUGAAGUGGGAAGUUGUACUCCUUUGGCUCUUUGCUCUGUACCUGGUUAUGAUGCUAGUUACCGUGUGGAUAAUCUUGUUGCCGAAACCAAUUCUCGAUGUACCUCUGUUGCUAUGGGAUCUGCUGAAGGAUUUACUCUUGCUGAUCAAGCCAUCUCUCUUGCUAUCAAGAAUGGUAACUGGGUGAUGCUGAAGAACGUCCAUCUUGCUCCUUCUUGGUUGGGUCAAUUAGAAAAGAAAUUACAUAGUAUGAAGCCACAUCGUAACUUCCGCCUAUUUUUGACUAUGGAAACCAAUCCAAAGGUGCCUGUCAAUCUUUUACGCAUGUCUCGAAUCCUUAUGUUUGAACCUCCUCCAGGUAUCAAGGCCAAUCUCCAAGAAUCUCUACGAAGCAUUCCUCCUUCUCGUCUCUCACGUGGUCCGUCUGAACGUGCUCGAUUGUAUUUCAUGUUAGCUUGGCUUCAUGCUGUGGUUCAAGAACGUCUUCGUUAUGUUCCUUUAGGUUGGACAAAGGUAUAUGAAUUCAAUGACUCUGAUCAAGAUUGUGCCUUUUCAACUAUUGAUAAUUGGUUGGAUAUCGCUGCAGGUGGUCGUGCCAAUAUCUCACCAGAAAAGAUUCCUUGGGAUGCUAUUCGAUCUCUACUUCAACAAUCCAUUUAUGGUGGUCGUAUCGACAAUGAAUAUGAUCAACGCUUAUUGGAUUCCUUUGUCAAUACUCUCUUUAGUCAUCGCUGUUACGAUUUGGACUUUGAAAUUGUGAAGAGCACAGGUGAAAGUGAAAAGGCUUUAGUGGUUCCAGAUGGUACCAAGAUGGAACACUUUAUGGAAUGGGUGAACAAACUUCCUGAUCGUGAACCUCCUACGUGGUUAGGCUUACCUGCAAAUGCUGAACGUGUUUUAUUGACUCUCAAGGGCAAGACAAUGUUAUCCAAGGUACGCAAGAUGAAGAGUACCACUGAUGAUGACGAAAUAGCAUUUACUCCUGAAGCGGCAACAUCAAAUAGUGGUGGCAGUAGUGGUGACAAUACUGGUCAAUCUUCGACAACAGGUACCUCACAACAACCUGCUUGGAUGCGCGCAUUACACACAUCUAUUACCAACUGGCUUUCCCUUUUACCAUCAACCCUUCCUCUUAUGCAACGUGAUGACAACAAUGGUAUUAUGAAUCCUCUUUUCCGAUUCUUUGAACGUGAAAAUCAAAUAGGCCGUAGUUUACUCAACACUAUCCGUGAAGAUCUCCUCUCUUUACAAAAGGUGUGCACUGGCGAACUCAAACAAACCAAUCACUUGCGUCAAUUGAUGAGCUGGCUUACCAAAGGUUUGAUUCCUGAACAUUGGAAACGAUACAAGGCUCCCAAGGAUAUCUCUCUCAAUAUUUGGCUAGCAGAUCUCAAGGCUCGUUUGGAACAAGUGGCAUUGAUAUCUCAAGAAAAGGAUUUCGGUCAUGUAGAAGUAUGGAUGGGUGGAUUGUUUAUUCCAGAAGCCUAUGUUACAGCUACUCGUCAAGCAACAGCUCAACAUAAUAAGUGGUCAUUGGAAGAAUUGGUGCUUGUUGUGGAUAUGGAAUUGAAGUCAAGUGAUAGAACUCAAGGCACUUAUACUGUCCGUGGUAUGAAGAUGGAAGGUGGUGAAUGGAAUGAUAAACAACUUUGUCUUACGUCAAAUCCUUAUACAAAAUUACCUUCUAUUGGAUUACGAUGGAUACGUGGAACUGACAAGAAUGAUCUUUCUGAUGGUAAUGAAGGUGAAGUGGCCUUACCAGUGUAUCUUAACUCUGACCGAAGUGAUUUACUGUUUACUAUCAAUGUGGCUGUUGAUCCUGAACAAAAAGACCGUAUUCCUCAACGUGCUGUGGCUAUGAUUAUUUCUUUUUAGUUAGUUAGAUAUAUAUAUUAUUAUUAUUCUCUUCUUAGUUUAUCAAAUAAAAAUUGAAACUUGAUUUUUUUUUUUU